AUGCCAAUAACUUUCUAUUUUUGUAUAAAUUAUCUGGGGAUUUUCGAGCAUCACUUGUCAAUUUUUUGUUUCAUCUACUACACACGCCUGUACCAAGAAGUUUACUUUAUAAUGAUAAAAGAAAUAUUUUUAUUUUUUUCGCUUAUUGGGGUUUCUCUAAGUCAAGAUAUUGCUUUUCCUGAUGAUGAUGAUGAAAUAAAAAUUCGAAUUCAUACUACGUCAACAACACAAAAAACUACAACUAGUACUACUUCUACAACUCCUUUUAAAAUUAGUGAAACAAGCGUAAAAGUGUGUCCGGUGAAUAUGACAAUUGUCACCGAAAAUGGUGAAACUAUUUGUGAAUGUGUCGCAGGAUAUGUUUAUUAUUUGCCUUUGGACAGUUGCUUCCUACCUUACAGCCGGGGACCAUGUACAUCAGGAUAUCAUUUAGCUUUUCCUAAUGGCGCAAUGGCAGUUGAGUGUUUAAAAAAUCCCUGCGAUGAUGAUUCUGUAGUGUACCAAAAUAAAUGCCACAAGCUUCUAAAAUCGGGCCCACCAUGUCCUGAAGGUCAAACAUUGACUGUCAGUGAAGAAAAUUAUGAAAUAAUGUGUCAAGAAGUAAUGCCAAUUAUCUAUCAAUUAAUAGUGGCUCCAACAAAACGCUGUUCGGCUGGUUCACUUGGACAAAUUUAUCUUUACGCAACCAUUUUUCACGCUCGAAUCAUCGAUUGGAUAGUUCAAGGACGUAUGAUGUGGAUUUACUUAUCAAGUAUUUUAAUGUUUGUAAUGUGCAAUUCUCAAGAUAUUCUUUUUCCAACUGAUGAGGAGACGUCAUAUAUCAGUGGAAAUAUAACAAUGUUGACGGAACGAAUACCAGUUUUUAUUCCGGACACAUGUCCAGACAAUAUGUUACUUUAUCCAGGAGCCGGUAAUAAAAGUGUCUGGAUUUGUGAUUGUAGACCAAGAUUUCUCUACUUUCCAUUAAGUCAUUCAUGUCAUGAAGCUUACAGACAAGGUCCAUGUAGCAAAGGCGAAUAUGUCGUGUUACCUUCAGAUGAAGUUGUACCACGAUGCCAAGUUAAUCCGUGUGGUGAAGACGAUUUAGUUAAUUAUAAUGGUGUUUGCUACUAUCUAAAAACUAAAGGAGGUCCCUGCGCACCUGAUGGAGUACUUGGUGUUAAUGAAACUACUUUUAAAAUCCAAUGUAUAUCAACCGAUCUUGCGCCAUUUGUUAUUAUAGAUGUACCACAACUAACGUGUCCUCCAGGAACUGCUAGAUCACAAGAUGGAAAUCUCUUGGACAUGCAUUGGCACCAUGUCAUGAAACCGAGAGUUAUAAACGUCGCAGCUAUCAGAGUCACAGUCGCUAGGAAUAUUGAGCUGACUACAUCCACAAAAGCUGACAGAAACGAACUAUCUUCUCCAUGA